CCACGCCAUACCAGUCGCUUGCCUAGCAGUCGCCCCAUCAAACGUCAAAGCGAAUGCUUCAUAUUUCUUUAUUUUGUCCCACUGCGGCGUUCUCGUGUACCCACACACGGGCCGCGGACGCGUUCGGGACCACAUGUACUUACCCAAGAUGAGAUGAGACGACCUGUGAUGAUUGAUGAUGAUGAUGAUGAUGCCAAAACGAUACCAAGAGCUCGCGGUUCAACAGAAGAAUGCAAAACUAAACAAACCCAUCGCAUAACCCGACGUGCAUCAAGCAGGUACCUACCUCCCAAACACCUCGGAUACGAUGCAAAGCAACUACCUGCAUCGUCCUGUCGGGGGUUAACUAAGCCUUGCCUUGCCCUCCCGCCGCACUGUCGCCUCCAAGCAGCCAAGCAAGUCCAUAGUCACCGAGAAACAUCUCACUCCAUCCAAUCGCAUCUCCCCAUUUACCAUGACAUUUACCCAUCCACCACCCUACAUAGGUUUUUAUCCUGGGUUACCCGUACCUACCGUACGAUGAAGGGGACGGUUCAACCCGCUCAUCAGUUGAGUCCGUCGGCUCCUUCUUCGCUACGCCUCAUCCCCGACCAACAUCGACUUCUCUCCCGCUCUCUCUUUCUCUUUCGCCAUUCUACACUGCCGGCUACUCGCUGGCGGGGGAAGCAGCUUACUAUGGCCGGUGGCCGGAUUUGCGCACCCUUUGCCUUGUUUGCUCUCUCCACUUUGCCUACGCCGCCCGCAGAGUCCCAUUCCAUCAUCGUUCUCCACUGCAAUCUCUGCUUUCUCUCUGUGCCAUCAAUCACCAUCAUCGUCAUCACCUUCUGA